AUGGCUACGCAUUACAACUUGUCCUCCAUCUUAUUGUUUGUUUUUAUCUACUUUAUGCAUGACGGCAUGAUAACUACUAUAACAGCACGUCGCCUUCUUCAGACCCCUAGUUUUUCAGCACCCGCUACUCCUAGUUUUUCAACGUCCACUGUCUCAAGUUUCACGACGCCCACUACCCCCAGUUUCUCAAUGUCUGCUACCCCAAGUUACUCCAAUUCUCCGAGUCUUCCAAAGCCUGAGAACCCUAGUUUCUCAAAUCCCCAGACUCAUAGUUUCUCAAAGCCUGAGACACCUAGCUUCUCAAAGCCUCAGAACCCUAGUUUCUCAAAACCUCAAACACCUACUUUCUCAAAGCCCGAAACUCCUAGUUUUUCAAAGCCUGAGACACCUAUCUUUCAAAAGCCUGAGACCACUAGUCUUGCAAAGCCUGACAUCUCUAGCUUUUCAAAACCUAAAACACCUAGUUACUCAAAAUCUGAAACACCUAGUUUCUCAAAGCCCGAAGCUACCAGUUUCUCAAAACCUGAGACACCUAGUUUUUCAAAACUUGAAACCCCUACUUUCUCAAAACCAGAGACCCCUACUUUUUCAAAGUCCGAGACUCCUAGUUUCUCUAAACAUGAGGCUCCUAGUUUCUCAAAGUCAGAAACUCCUAGUUUUUCAAAGCCUGAGAUACCUAGUUUCUCAAAAUCUGAAACCCCUAGUUUCUCAAAAUUUGAGGCUUCUAGUUUCUCAAAGCCAGAAACUCCUAGUUUCUCAAAGCCUGAGACACUUAGUUUUUCAAAAUCAGAAACCCCUAGUUUUUCAAAACCUGAAACCCCUACUUUUUUAAAGCCCGAGACCCCUAGUUUUUCAAAACCUGAGACUCCUAGUUUCUCAAAGCCCGAGACUCUUAGUUUUUCAAAACCCGAUACCCCUAGUUCUCCAAAGCUUGAGCGCAAGGCCCCUGGUUCAUCAAAAUCUGAAAAUCCUACCUCCUCAAAGCCUGAGACCCCUAGUUUUUCAAUGCCUGAAACUUCUACAUCGUCAGAUCUUGUUACUCCUACUUCCCAAAAGCCCGAGACCCCUACUUUAUUGAUGCUUGAGAAUCCUACUUUCUCAAAGCCUGAGAUCCCAAAAAUUUCAAAGCCCGAGACUCCUAGUUUUACAAAAUUCGAGAUUCCUAAUUUUUCAAAACCUGAGACUCCGAGUUCCCCAAAGUUAGAGGCUCCUACUUUUUCAAAGCCUGAAAUUCCAAGUUUUCCGAAGCUUGAGACCCCUAGUUUCUCAAAGCCCGAGACCCCAAGCUUCCCAAAGCUCGAGACUCCUAGUUUUUCAAAGUCUGCGACGUCAAGUUCCCCAAAAUUUGAGACUCCCAAUUUUUCAAAAGCCGAGACUCCGAGUUCCCCAAAAUCUGAGACCUCUACUUUCGCAGAACCUGAAAUGCCAAGUUCUCUAAGCCCCAAGACACCAAAUUCACCAAAGUCUGAGACCCCUAGUUUCUCAAAGCAUGAAAUACCUAGCUUUUCGAAGCCUGAGACUCCUAGUUUCUCGAAACCUGAUACUCCAAGUUCCUCGAAGCCUGAGGAACCAAGUACCUCAACGCCCAAGAUGCCAAGUUUCUCAAAACCUAAGACUUCAAGUUCUCCAAGUGCCUCUAGUUCCCUAAAGCAUGAAAUUCCUAUUUUUUCAAAGCCCGAGACUCCAAGUUCCCCGAAGUCUGAGACCCCUAGUUUCUCGAAGCCCGAAAUUCCUAGUUUUCCAAAACCCGAGACUCCAAGUUCCCCGAAGCCUAAGACCCCUACUUUCACAGAUUCUGAAAUGCCAAGUUCUCCAAGCCCUAAGACAUCAAAUUCCCUAAAGCCUGAGACCCUUAGUUUCUCAAAGCCUGAAACACUUAGCUUUUCAAAGCCUAAGACUCCUAGUUUCUCAAAACCUGAUACUCCAAGUUCCUCGAAGCCUGAGGAACCAAGCACCCCAACGCCCAAGAUGCCAAGUUUCUCAAAGCCCGAUGCUCCUAGUUUCUCAAAACCUAAGACUUCAAGUUCUCUAAGUGCCUCCAGUUUUCUAAAGCCUGAAACUCCUAGUUUUUCAAAGCCCGAGACUCCAAGUUCCCCGAAGCCUGAGACCCCAAGUUAUCCUAAGUCUGAAACACCUAGUUUCUCAAAGCCCGAUACACCAAGUUCUCCAAAGUCGGAAUUGCCAAGCUCCCCAAAGCCCGAGACACCAAGCUUCUCAAAGCCCAAGAUGCCAAGCUCCCCAAAGCUCGAGAUUCCAAGUUCUACAAAGCCCGAGAAGUCAAGCUCCCCAAAACCCGAGACUCCAAGUUUCGCAAAGGCUGAAACGCCAAGUUUCCCAGAGGCCAAGACGCCAAGCUCCCCAAAUCCCAAGAUGUCAAGUUCCGUAAAGCCAGAGAUGCCAAGCUCCCCAAAGCCCGAGACCCCAAGUUCCCUAAAGCCCGAGACCGCAAGUUCCGCAAAGCCCGAGAUGCCAAGCUCCCCAAAGCCUGACACCUCAAGUUUCGAGACUCCAAGUUUUUCAAAACCCGAAACUCCUAAUUCCCAAAAGCCCGACACUGCAAGUUCCCCAAAGUCCGAGAAACCAAGUUUGCCGAAGCAUGAGACCCCAAGUUUUCCAAAUUUUGAGACUCCAAUUUUCUCAAAGUCAGAGAUACCUAGUUUAUUAAAACCUGAAACAUCUAAUUCUUCAAAGCUUGAUAUUCCAGCAGCCCCAGAAUUUGAGACUCCAAGUGUUAUCAGGCUUGAAAUAUCAAGUGAACCAAACCGUGAGCUACCAACUACCUCAAAAUCGGAGAUUCCGACGUUUACAAAGCCUGAUUCACCCGUUAUUUCAGAUCUUGAGAUUCCAAGUGUAUUAAAAAUAAAUUUACCAAAACCUUCUAAACAAACAUUGUCAACUUCUCCCUAAGUAACUAUGGUGUUAUUCAUGUGACAUGACUUGUGUUGGCUAGCUAACAGGGGAUUAGAUCGCAUAUGAGUGAGUUGAAAAUGAGUUAGAUGCGAAUGACUAAAUAUUUGACUUGUCAUGUGAAUAAAAAUGAGUUGAAUGAUAGAAGAUUUUAGUAUCCACAUAUUAUUUACUCAUAAAUUGUA